CGACUGUUUAACCGCGAUUUCCAUUUUCUCUCCCAGUGUUCAUCUGUACAACAAGCUCCACUAUGUGGCCUGAGUACUUGAUCUUAUACCUGGUUAUUAUUUCGUUUUGCACUACUCUUGCUCUUGCUUUGAUGUUCAAGUCCUCCAUGGUUUUCUUCAAAAAACGGGUCCUCCUCCUUAGCAAUUUGCUUGAUUUGCCUAUCGAGUUUCAUGUGAUCCUCUUCCCAACUGAUUAUGUACAAAAGGUCUUCAUGGUUAGUCCUGGAUUCUACAAGGAAAUAGGUGCAGCGGAGUUUACUGGAUUCCACGACAACAACCCUCACAGGCCUGCCAUAAUUUCGAUUUUCGUUGAUGGCUCUAAGAUUGAUGGCUUCUGCUUCAACUCCCGUGAUUUGAUCACGUAUGAGAAGAUAGUGGUUGGCCAAGAUCAAGAAGGCAAGGGACGGAUCGUUAUCACCGGCGUCAAGGCCCUGUGCACUCAUCAAGCCCUUAUCAAGGACUAUGGCUGGCUUUUUCGAGGAAAGUAUGAUGAAAAGAAGGAAGAGGUAAUUGUAGCUGGUUUGCAAAUUAAAAAAGGUGAUACAUUCAGUUCUUAGAAUUAGAUCAAGUGGUGAUAGUGGACAAAGAUAAGUAAAGGGUUAAAUUCCCUUUCAUGUAUAUAAAACAAAUAACGUGAUGAUUCAUGUAUGUGGAACACAUAUGUAACA